AUGGCGGAGGUUCCAGCAGCAGCAGCACCGACAGACGGAGCUCAGAAGACAAACAUGAUCCGAGUGUUCGUCAGCUCCGCUUCCACAGAUAUGAGCAGCGAGAGGAAAGCCCUGUUGGAGAGAGCUUAUCCAGAAGUCCUGUCCUUCUGUCGCUGCCUGGGACUGCACUUUGAGGUGGUGGAUUUGCGUUGGGGUAUUCGAAAUGACACCUUCGGAGACCACGAAGCCUGUGAGAUCUCCCGGGAGGAGAUCCAGCGUAGUCAGAGGAUUUCUGCAGGCCCGUCUUUCAUCUGGGCUCCCAAGGCCCUGCUGGGGAACAGGUAUGGCCACCGAGCUCUUCCUCGUCUCAUCCCAGAAAAACAGUUUGAGGUCCUGUUGUCCAAACUUUCCAAGAACCCAGAAGGCGUCAAGCUGAUGCAGAAGUGGUUCCUGAGGGACAACAACGCCCUCCCGAUUACAUACGUCCUGCAGCCAGUCAUGGCUUACUUCCCCUACUAUAGGGACUUUCGGCCGGAAUGGAAGCAGCAGCACGACAAAGACGUUCUUUCCUGGCGUUUAAUGGAGGGUCGGCUGCUGCAGCUCCUGCGUACUGCAGCGACGGCUGCCGAAGCUGCUGGUGACAUCACAGCCGAACAGAAGCACCACCUCCAAACCUCAGUCACAGAGCAGGAGUUUCAGCUGGGUUUUUUGAGGGAUGACCACAAGCAGUCUCUGCUCUUCCUCCGAGAGAUUCCCCGCCAGAAAGCCAAGAACGCAGCCAAACGUCUCGCCAAGUUUGUGGAUGUAACUGCCGACGGGCUGAUGGAUAGCGAGGCUCAGAGGCUUCUCGCAGGGCUAAAGUCCCAACUGUACUCCACACAGAAGAACAUCCUCAACCUGCACUGUGUGGAGCUUAGCAAGGGAGGUGUAGACCCGAAAUGCAAAGAGCAUGCUCAGUACCUGCACAGCAUCUGCCAGCAGUUUGUCUCGCAGAUGAAGGCCCAGAUCGAAGCUACCAUUGACUCACAGAGGAAGGAGAUGUCAGACUCAGUUUUACAGGAGGCAAGGCAGCAUGGCAUCGUGAGCGCUCGGCUCUGUAAGGGUCUCUACGGAAGAGAUGGGAUUCUGGGAAAGAUCUGCCUCGCCAUGUGGGAGUCUACCAACACCCGGCAUGGCCCGCUGGUGGUCCACGGCACCUCCGGAAUGGGCAAAACCGCUCUGUUGUGCAAAGUAGCACAAGAGAUGCAUAGUGUCCUAGAGGCUCAGGCAUUGGUUGUGAUCAGAUUGAUGGAAUCUAGUCACCCUCACAGACCGGAUAUUGACCACAUAAUCCGCGGCAUCUGUGGGCAGCUGUGCCUCACCUGUGGCCUAGCUCUGCCCUUUCCACUGACUUCUGGGACUCACCUGGAGUUGCUUCAGUUUUUCAGGAACCUUCUUGAGGAGAUUUCACAGCAGGGAAAGAGUCUCAUUGUCAUUCUGGACUCACUGGAGCAGCUUGCAGACCAACACCAGGCUCACAAACUGCACUGGCUGCCUGCUGAUGUCCCACCCAAUGUCCACUUUCUGGUCUCCAUAGACACAGGCAGUGAGGCCUUCACUAACAUGCAGCUGAAGCUGGACAAUCCAGGGAGAUUCUUUAAAGUGGAGCGUUUGUCUCGUGUUGAAGGUGAACGGAUAAUGGAGUCAUACCUGCAGGAGUCUGAGCGAACGUUGACCCAGGAGCAGAAAGAUGCCGUGCUGCAGAGCUUCGAGUCAACUGGAUGUCCUCUUCACCUCAAACUCAUCCUAUCUGUAGCCAAACGCUGGACAUCUUUCACCAUGAGGACUGAGCUGCAGCUGGGAAAUAGUGCACAGGAAGUGAUGUCACAGCUCUUGUUGAGGCUUGAGGAGAAACAUGGGAAGGAAAUCGUGGGCGGGGCCUUGGGGUACAUCACUCUGGCAAGGGGAGGUCUGCUGGAGGCGGAGCUGCGUGAUGUCCUGUCCCUGGACGAUGAUGUGAUCAGUGAGGUGUACAGAUACUCCCUACCCCCAACCCCCUCACUGAUCCGACUGCCCCCCAUCCUCUGGGCUCGGCUCAGGUGGGACCUCAAGGAUCAGCUGGAGGAGCGGUGGUCCAGUGGAGUUGCUGCCAUCACGUUCAACAACCGACAUUUUGCAGAGGCAGUUAAAGCCCGCUAUCUGACAUUGGAGCGACGCCGGCGGAGUCACAGCAUCCUGGCGGAGUAUUUCCUGGGACGCUGGUCGGGGAAGCUGAAGCCGGGGAAUCUUCCGGGUCUGUCGCUGCUGCUUUCUGACAGAAAGGUCCCGGCCCAGCCGCUGUGGUUCGCACCAGGGUUAGCUAACACCAGGAAGCUGCAGGAGCUGCCGCAUCACCUACUGCACGCUGACCUGUGGGAGGAACUACAACAGGAGGUCAUAGGCAAAGCUGAGUGGUUGUACAGUCAAAGCAGAGUUUGUGGCAUUUCCAGUGUGAUCAAUGACCUGGACCAGUGCUCCCAGCUUAUGGAUUGUACUGAAACUGGAUUGAUCCGGGAUGCUCUGGUCCUGAUGAGGCCCAGCCUGGACCCCCUGGACAGUCAUAUAGACCAGUCCCUGUUUUACUCCGAGCUGUUGGCCCGUCUCUCCGCCCUGACCGCCGCCUUCCCCACUCUGAUUGGCCAGCUGUGCAGCCAGUGCGAAGACUGGUUCCUGGCAUGUCCAGAGCCGGUCCUCAUCCCAAAGUGCAGCUUCCUGCAGCAGCCGGGGGGGGCGCUGCAUCAUACACUGACUGCUCUCCACGGAGGUGUGGUCUGCGUUGACAUCAGCGUGGCGGUCCAGCUACUGGUUGCAGGUUCAGAUGACGGCAUGGUGGCGGUCUGGAGCCUUGAGGACAACCACCUUCAACACACCCUGAGACACACAGCUGCAGUUUUGUGUGUCAAGGUGGUUGAAAGCCCCGCCCACUGCCUCUCAUUGGCUGCUGACGGCUCUCUGAGGAGGUGGAGUCUGAUCAACGGCCAACAGCUGCUCUGCAUCCAGAGUGCGGUACCUGUUGACUCCGCCCCCUCGUCGGUGCACCUUCAUGUGUCGGAGCAGCUUCUGUUUGUCUACACCAGAACACAGGUGAAGGUGUGGGGGCCAGACGGAGCAGAGCUCCAGCUCAGCAGCAGCAGGGAGGAGGCCUCGCUGGUUCUGGGGGUUCUGGGGGAAUCCGUUGUGUCUCUGUGCAACUCUGGCCGGGUCAGAAUUUCUCAUGCGGUUAACGGGACUGGAAUGGUGAAGGCUUUGCUGGGGGAUUCCUCCAGGAGUCUGACUCUGGUGAAUUCUGUGAUGUCACCAAAACGAAAGAAACUGUUUGUGGUGUCUGAGGAAGGAUUCCUCUACCAGGUCUCUGAGGCGGGUAAACCAACAGCUGCUGACUUUCCUCUUUGUCCUUCAUUACUUUUGGUGACUGAAGAUGAAAAAAUCCUCUUGGCAGGCUGUGAGCAGACUCUGAGUCUCUUCAACAUCAACAUCGAUUCUGUGGAUAGAUUCCUCGACCUUCAUCAUGACGACAGCGUUCUGUCUGCCUGCGUAUCCUCGGACGGCCGACGACUGGCCUCUGGAGCUGCAGACCAGCUCAUCAGAAUCUGGUCGGUGACCACCGGAGCCCUGCUGGAUACUUUGAGUGGUUCGGACGCUCCUGUCACCUCUGUGUUUUUCUACAAUAGCCUCCUGGUUUCUGCCUCGACAGCUGCAGGCUCCGUCCAUCUGUGGAAUCUGGAAUACGACACGCGGCACAAACCCACCACCCGCAUCCCUGCUGGCUCCGCCCAUGCGGUUGUGACCAAAGAUGGCGAAAAGGUUUUUUACGUCCGCGAUCAGAGCCAGAGAGAGGUCGUUAGCUGGGAAAGUCUCACAGGUUCUGUGUUGGAGCGUUUGCCUGUCUCUGCUGAGGUUUCUUGUCUGGAGUUAGCUCAGCAAAAACGCUUACUCCUCUGUGGUCUGACCAGUGGCACCGUCCUCAUCUACCCGUUAACGCUACCCCAGGAGACCCUGUGCAUCCCCCCCCCGGAGAGCCUGUCCAGGGUGCUCUGCCUGGCUGUGGGCUCUCAGGAGAAGCACCUGGCGGUGGCCUACGAUGACUCAGUGUGUCUGUUUGACAUCACCACCAGAGACAGCUUCCCCACGGUGGACGGCCCCCGGCGGAAGUUCCCCCUGUCACUCCUGCACGCCCCGCUAUCUUCCAUAGCCCUGCUUUCCGACCAGCGGCUGCUGUAUGGGACGGGCUGCGGGGAGGUGAAGCUGUACGACUUUGCCAGCGACAGGAGCUCCGACCUGGAGCCUCAUGGUAGCAGAAUCACCUGUGUGACGGUCAGUAACUGGGGGACACAUGCCCUGGUGGGCUCGGAGAAUGCUGUGCAGAGGCUGUGGGCCUUAAACCCGCUGGCCCUGGAUCACACCAUGGAGUACAAGGGUUUCUGCUUCGAGGGCGUUCUCUCUGCUGCAUUCUCCGAAAGUGACAAGUUUAUUUUCACAGGAUCUCAGGACAGAACCAUUAAAGUCUGGGAUGUAGCAUCAGGAAAGCUGCUGUACGUCCAGUGCGUGUACUCCCCCGUUGUCCGGAUGGUGACUUUAAGGAACGGCUUCGUGGCCUUGUCUCACCAGGGUUCCAUCAUCAGGGAGGUCCUCUGCUGUCCAGACCACAUCAGUUCAGACUACAACCCUCUGAAGAACAUCAAAGCCCAGUACCGGGUCACCUCCAGGCCCAAGGACCCGGACAGCCAGCAGAGAUCUGUGUCCGACCUCCGGGAUUUUAACCCAGCCCAGUUUGACCUAAAGCUGAUGAGCAUGCUCAAAGACAAAAGCUCCCCCACUUGUGUCAUGCUGUAG